AUGUCGUCGAUUUCUAGGGCCGUUCGCCCUGCUUUGAGAGGAAGCCGUGGUGUUGCUGUCCUCGCGAGGGUGAGGACUUGCACACCGGGCAGAGCGCUCUCGCCACUCCAGCAGACCGCAAGACCCCUUUCCACCACCCAGCGCCGCCGUAAUGCCGACCACUUUGACAUCGCCGACAUCCCCCCAACGCCCAUCACCCACCUCUCCGAGGUCGAGGCCGCGAUGCAGGAGGCGGUGAGCAAGUUCGCCAACGACGUGAUCGCGCCCAAGGUGCGCGAGAUGGACGAGGCGGAGAACAUGGACCCGGCCAUCGUGGAGCAGCUGUUCGAGCAGGGGCUCAUGGGCGUCGAGAUCCCCGAGGAGUACGGCGGCGCGGGCAUGAACUUCACGAGCGCCAUCAUCGGCAUCGAGGAGCUCGCGCGCGUCGACCCCAGCGUCAGCGUCCUCGUCGACGUGCACAACACCCUCGUCAACACGGCCAUCAUCAAGUGGGGCAGCAGCCAGCUCAAGAAGCGCUUCCUGCCCAAGCUCGCCACCAGCACCGUCGGCAGCUUCUGUCUGAGCGAGCCCGUUAGUGGUUCUGAUGCGUUUGCGCUGGCGACCAAGGCGACCAAGACGGAGAGCGGGUACAAGAUUAGCGGUUCCAAGAUGUGGAUUACCAACUCCAAGGAGGCCGACUUUUUUAUCGUGUUUGCCAACCUGGACCCGUCCAAGGGGUACAAGGGCAUCACGGCGUUCAUUGUCGAGAAGGAUGCCAAGGGGUUCUCCAUCGCAAAGAAGGAGAAGAAGCUGGGUAUCAAGGCCAGCAGCACGUGCGUCAUCAACUUUGACGACGUCGAGAUCCCCAAGGAGAACCUCCUGGGCGAGGAGGGCGCCGGUUACAAGUACGCCAUUGGUCUCUUGAACGAGGGACGUAUCGGUAUCGCGGCUCAGAUGACUGGUCUCGCUCUCGGUUCCUGGGAGAACGCCGUCAGAUACGUCUGGAACGACCGCAAGCAGUUCGGCCAGCUCGUCGGCGAGUUCCAGGGCAUGCAGCACCAGAUCGCGCAGUCCUACACCGAGAUCGCCGCCGCCCGCGCGCUGGUCUACAACGCGGCGCGCAAGAAGGAGGCGGGCGAGAACUUUGUCAUGGACGCCGCCAUGGCCAAGCUGUACGCCAGCCAGGUCGCCGGCCGCGUCAGCGGUCUCGCCAUCGAGUGGAUGGGCGGCAUGGGUUUCGUCCGCGACGGCCCCGCCGAGAAGUUUUGGCGCGACAGCAAGAUCGGCGCCAUCUACGAGGGCACGAGCAACAUCCAGCUCAACACUAUCGCCAAGCUGUUGCAGAAGGAUCCCCAUGGCCUCAUUGCGAAGUUGCGCCGCCUGCGUGAUUCGAGUCUUGGCAUACCGCGAUGCCUCUACCCGCUUCGCAGGACUCUGAGCCGCCUUAAUAACUUCAUGGCGUCAACCGUGAGGGGGAUUUUCGACAGGUGCUCUGAGUCGACCAGUGCUAUUGAUGGUUGGUAUCUGUGGCCUGAUCAUGACAAUGGCCAGAGGGCAUUGUCAAUAGGGCCUAUAUUGGGUAGCGUCUGGCAGAUCGAGUUGCAAAUUCCUACCAACGAAGAUGCAAGCUGGCAUGAUGUCAUCCUAGGGACAUACUCAUCACACAAGAACCACAGUGUGCAGAGUCUAGGCGACUAUGAAUUUCAUAGCGUCCAAUGUGUAAGUGCCGCGUUGUCCUGCAUGAGCUCAACAGCACCUUACACGCUUCGCAUCAAACUUCAGACCAGAACACAGACGCCAGUUAACAAUACACAGACCAAGGGGAAUUUGACUGAAUCGACGAUGAGAGGCACGAGCGAGAGAAAGUUGAUCGGCUUGAGCCGCAACCUUCCAAGCCAUUACUGA